CUCGAUCAUCCAGGAAGCUUAAUCGCGCGCUGCACAGGCUCGACCAGCAGCUCAGAUAUUUCCACACAUUAAGACGUUUAGAUUAAAAACAUGGCUUUAAGACGAGCGCUGCAUUUUGUCUUCAAAGUUGGCGACAGGACCAAAACAGCCACGUUCUACCGAGAUGUUCUGGGCAUGAAGGUUUUACGCCAUGAGGAGUUUGAAGAAGGCUGCAAAGCAACUUGCAAUGGGCCCUACGACGGGAAGUGGAGCAAGACGAUGGUUGGCUUCGGUCCAGAGGAGGACCAUUUUGUAGCUGAGCUGACCUACAACUAUGGGGUGGGAGAGUAUCAGCUUGGCACUGACUUCCUGGGCCUCACUGUGCAGUCGAGCCAAGCUGUCAGCAACGCCAAGCGUCUGGGGUGGCCCCUCACUGAGGUGGGGGAGGCUCUGUAUCUGACCCAGGCUCCAGGAGGGUAUCACUUCUACCUGCUGGACAAGGAGCAGCCUCCUAAUGACCCUGUGCUGAAGGUUUGUCUCGGAGUAUCAGACCUCCAGAGGUCAACGCACUACUGGACCACGCUCUUAGGAAUGAAAGUGAUGGACAAGAAUGAGGAAAAGAAAACGGUGCUGAUGGGAUUCGCAGACACGCAGUGCAAACUAGAGCUUCGUGAUAUCAGUGGAACUGUGGAUCAUGGAACAGCGUUUGGGAGGAUUGCGUUUUCAUGCCCACGGGAGCAACUGCCUGACAUUGAAGCCUUGAUGAAAAAAGAAAAUCAGAAGAUUCUCACUCCAUUAGUCAGCCUGGACACUCCUGGAAAAGCCACAGUAGAAGUGGUGAUCUUGGCUGAUCCAGACAGUCAUGAGAUUUGCUUCGUGGGAGAUGAGGCAUUCAGGCAGCUGUCCACGGUGGACCCCAAAGGAAAUGACCUCCUCGACAAGGCGAUGGCUGAAGAUAAAAGUGACGAGUGGUUUGCCAAGCACAACAGACAGAAAGCUGCAGCGUGAGAUGAAGGACACGGUUCAUCGUCAAAUGUCUCAUCAGUUCGAACGAUGAAGAGAUGCUGCACGAGGCUCUUGUAGCAUGUAACUUAUUGUCAUGUUAACUUAAGUAUCCUGAGGCCAGCAGAGUGCUAUUUAUUUUCACCUUAAAGAAUUCCAUGAGGAGCUAUUGCACCGACAUUUCAAUUUAAUGGAUAUUUUUCUAAUAAAUAUUGUUGCUAUCAAUAAUGCAGAGUGGUGGGAUGAAGCACUCAUUUAAUGGUACUUAUUUAACAAAAUUCUCUUGGUGGAUAUUAGUUGCCCCCUGAACCACUACUUAGUACUUUGAUUAGCUGGAGUAAUAUUACCUGAGACGUUAGUUGAUUCAAAAUAAUUUUACAAACUAAAAUAAUAAGUGUAUGUAGAAUUUUUUUGCAGGGCCACAAUAUGACCUUUACUGUUGCUAUUGUACUUGUCCCAUGUAUUUGCAGCUAAUGCAAUGACCAAAACUCUGUUACAUGCAGUGUAGCAGGAAUUUUUUCGAGGUCUGGGGCAGUUGUGUGUAAACGCUCCAUCAUUCUGUGAGUUAAAAGGCUUUAUACACUCAUUCAUUCAGUAUCGUGCAGCUGCAAUGGUUUAGUCAUGUGGUUGAGUUACAUUGAAUCUAUGUAAAAUCAAAUAAUGUCACAUUUGCUGGAAAUAAACCAUUUCUCAAACUUU